UCGUGUGACGUCACACCGCGCGACCGGCCAAGCGCAGUGGCGUGGUCGCUGGUACUUGGGGCUCUCAGUGGCGAUCGCCAUGGUUCCGCGGGUGCAGCUCCCCCCUGAGAUCCAGCUGGCGCAGCGCCUGGCGGGGAACGAGCAGGUGACCCGGGACCGGGCGGUGAGGAAGCUCCGGAAAUACAUCGUGGCCAGGACUCAGCCGGCUGCAGGUGGUUUCACUCAUGACGAGCUGCUGAAGGUGUGGAAAGGACUGUUUUAUUGCAUGUGGAUGCAGGACAAGCCGCUCCUCCAGGAGGAACUAGGAAGGACCAUCUCCCAGCUCGUCCAUGCUUUUCAAACCACAGAGGCACAGCACCUGUUCCUUCAGACCUUCUGGCAGACCAUGAGUCGCGAGUGGACGGGCAUAGACAGACUGCGCCUGGAUAAGUUCUACAUGCUCAUGCGGAUGGUCCUGAAGGAGUCCUUGGCGGCCCUGAAAAUGCGGGGAUGGGAGGAAAGACAGAUUGAGCAGCUGUUGGAGCUGCUGACGACCGAGAUCCUGCUCCCCGAUAGCCAGGCCCCCAACGGGGUGAAGAGUCACUUCAUCGAGAUCUUCCUGGAGGAGCUGGCCAAAGUGGGCGCCAGUGAGCUGACGGCAGACCAGAACCUCAAGUUCAUCGAGCCCUUCUGCAGAAUCGCUGCCCAGACUAAGGACUCCCUGGUUCUACAUAACAUCAACCGAGGCAUCUUUGAAGCGAUUGUGGAACAGGCCCCGCUCGCCAUUGAAGACCUAAUGAAUGAAAUGGAGGAGGAGGAGGGGGAGAUGUCAGAGGAUGAUGGGCAGGAACAGGGCGUGGCGUCCAAGAAGCCACAUGAAGGCUCCUGUGGGGCUCGCCCGGGCCUGGGUGAGGAGCAGGGCGAGGACGAUGAGGACAGCACGGGCGCCGUCCUUCAGUUUGACUACGAGGCUGUUGCUAACAAGCUGUUUGAAAUGGCCAGUCACCAGAGCACCCCUUCUCAGAACAGGAAGCGUCUCUACAAAGUGAUCCGCAAGUUGCAGGACCUCGCUGAAGGCCUCUUUCCUGAAGAGGACAUCCCAGAAGAAGCCUACAGGGGACUGCAAGAAGGAAGGAAGGGGAGGAAGGCCAAGAAGCGUUUGCCCAAAUCCCAGCUGCAGAACGAGACAGGGAGAAAUGAACAGGAAGACCCACGUGGAGACCUGAGUUCCAGAUUAGAGAGAAAGAGGCGGCGUCAGGGUCCAGGGGCUGACCCCACUGCGCCCCAGGAACAGCCCGGGGGCCGUGGUGGGAGAGGUACACGCAAGAGGCGGCGGCAGCCUCAGGCAGGGGCCAGAGCAAAGGUGCCUGGGUGCCAGGAGCCAGACGUGAAAAAGAAGUGGACACGGAAGAGCAAGAAAUAACGUGGCCAGGCCCAGUCCUGGCAGGACAGCACUGUCUCCUCCACUCCUCCCGGUCUGCGCUGUGUUGAAUGAGCGAACAGGACAGGUGGGCCAUGCUCCCAAGAGUCGAGUUAUGGUCCAAAGGUCAGCACUAGCUGAUGUUGGCUCUCACUCAGCCACGCCCCAGAGAGCUCUGCUGCUGUGCUGACCCCGGUCAGGCAGGACCCGCAAACAACCCUCCCUGGCAGGGCAGGGGACUAGCCAUGCAGCGGGCGGCUGUAAAUAAAAUGCUGCACAUUCUUAGAAA